AUGGGGGGAGAACAGUUUCGCAAAGCGCUUGCCAAGGAACUCUGGAAGAAACUCGCGGAUUCGACGGUAGCUGAAGAGAGGACGGAGGAGAGAUGGUGUGGGAUUGCGUCUUGGUUCCAUUUGGAAAACGACACGCGGAGGACGACGCGUAGCGGAUUGCAAAGGAGGGGGUCUGAAACAGUCCAAGGUUUGUCCCCUUCCAUUCACGCAUACUGCUCCUCUGAUACGCCGGAAUUUGUAAUCCUACCCUUUUCCCUUUCCCUUCUAGCCUCAUCCACCCUCUUUUCACAGAUGCGGAUCUACCAAACGUCCUCUAUCAGCCCUCCCUUGGAGCUCCGAAUUCUCCUUAAAGUUAACCUUCCUUCAUGUCUCUCAAGCCUAUACGAAUCCCUCACGACCAGCUUGAAGGGAAAGAUGUCGCUGACGUGGACGACCGAGUUCAUGGGUUUGGCAAUGGAGAGAGGGGAGGAACGAGUGAAUGCGCGCAAGGCACUUGAGAUGGGAUGGCGAUGCUAUCAGAAGGGUUGGUCACACCUUUCCCUCGGACUCGACGACAUCUUUACUCAAAACGGCCUCUUUCUAUCCAUACCCCAACAUGCCCAUCGUCCACCUACUACUCCCAGUCCAGUGCCGUCCCCUGACUCGUUCAGGCUGAGAUUCAUAGAUGCUUCUUACAAAUUCCUGCACCCAUCCAUCCCAACUCCCUCUGUACUUCGUUCAUGCGUCUUCCACAUCAUCCAUCUCACCUUCAGCUUCUGCGCAGUUUGGAACUCCGCCGCCAACGCCAUCGACGUCAGACGACGAGUUCGCGCUCCCGUCGCUGUGGUUCAAUGCCUGCCCAGCAGCCAGUAA